ACAGCCAGACCUGCCUGGACUCUGGGGCCGGCCAGGGAGUCCUCAAGCUAUGAAGAAGGGAACUACAGCAACAGAGGUUUGGAAGUCCACAAACCCUUCAAGACCGUUCUACAGAAAUAAACCAGUGACGCCCAUGUUUGAGCUGAGGGCAUCUUUGCCAUCUUUGAUGAUGGCCGUCGCCUUAGCCUUACUUGUCUCAGGUCCCUGCCCUGGGUUCACAUCGCCACUACAUGAUCCCCACGACGAUGAUGGGUUUGACCUGGAGAACUACGACCUGAACACCGUGACGGACUUGGAGACCCUGGGAGCCAACGUUUACGAAGAUAAUUAUGAUUACGAGGACUUGGACCAAGAGAUUGAAGUGGGCACGGUAGCAAAUAUUCACCAUCCAGACAGCCAAACCAAAGUUGAACACCACCAGGAAAAGGUGGUGACAAUAAAGGAACCUCUGCCUCCAACGCUGGACUUCAAAGGAUCUGGUUUUUUUGGACCUCAGACUGGAUUGGGUAUGCCCACCUGCCUUCUGUGCGUGUGUAUCAGUGGAAGUGUGUAUUGUGACGACAUCGGCCUGGAACAGAUACCCCCCAUGCCCAAGGAGACCACUCACUUUUAUGGACGCUUCAACAAGAUCCGACACGUCAAAAACACCGACUUCACGAGCCUCAGCAAGCUCCAAUCUAUUGAUCUCACCGGGAACCAGAUUUCCGAAAUGGAUGAGGACGUGUUUCGCUCGCUAAAGCAUCUCCAGCAUUUGCUGUUAGCUGACAACAACCUGCAGGUCUUGCCAGAACUGCCAGCGACCAUGAAGCGCAUUGAUCUACGAAACAACAGGCUGAUCAGCCGAGGACUCCACUCAGAGACAUUCAAGGAUAUGAGCCAGCUGCAGUUCCUGUAUCUGUCCUAUAAUAACCUGGAUUACAUUCCUACGCCCCUGCCUUUGAGCCUCAGAGUGUUGCACCUGCAGGGUAACAACAUCCAGUCCCUGCAUGAAGACACUUUCUGUGACAGCCACGACCGCAGCUUCAUCCGCCGUAAACUGGAGGACAUCCGCCUGGAUGGCAAUCCCUUGAACAUCCAUCAGUUUCCGCGGGCGUAUGUCUGCCUGCCACGCCUGCCUGUCGGGGGUCAAUGAUACCGUAUUCCAAGUGUCAAGUUACUGAGCUGCAGCUGUCCGAAGGCCGAGCACCUCUGCCGCAACCAUCAAAAACAAUGUAAACCCAGAAAAAACAUGGACCGAAGCAGUCAGAAGUGGUUUUACUGUACAUUUGGGUAUAUUUUAACUUUGAGCUCUGUGAAUAAUUGGUCUUUGUAGAUCAGGAAUAUUCAACUCAAUUGUUUUGAGGGCCACAUUUUCAGAAAAAGCCAGGCUUCGCAGAACCAACAUCCUCUACUGCAGUAUUUUUCAACCACUAGUGUGCCGUGAGAUACAGUCUGGUGUGCCGUGGGAGAUGAUCUAAAUUCACCUCUUUGGGUUAAAAAUAUUUUUUGCAAACCAGUAAUUAUAGUCUGCAAAUGAUGUGUUGUUGUUGAGUGUCGGUGCUGUCUAGAGAUCGGCAUAGUAACCAUGUAAUGCUCUUCCAUAUCAGUAGGUGGCAGCCGGUAGUGAAUUGUUUUAAUAGAUGUCGGAAAUAGCGGGAGGCAGUGUGCAGGUAAAAAGGUACCUAAUGCUUAAACCAAAAAUAAACAAAAGGUGAGUGCCCCUAAGAAAAGGCAUUGAAGUUUAGGGAAGGCUAUGCAGAACGAAACUAAAACUGAACUGACUACAAAGUAAACAAAAACAGAAUGCUGGACGACAGCAAAGACUUACUGCGGAGCGAAGACGGCGUCCACAAUGUACAUCCGAACAUGACAUGACCAUCAACAAUGUCCCCACAAAGAAGGAUAAAAACUACUGAAAUAUUCUUGAUUGCUAAAAACAAAGUAGAUGCGGGAAAUAUCGCUCAAAGGAAGACAUGAAACUGCUACAGGAAAAUACCAAAGAAAGAGAAAAGGCCACCAAAAUAGGAGCGCAAGACAAGAACUAAAAGAAUACACACAGGAAAACAGCAAAAAACUCCAAAUAAG